GGGAUAACAAGACUGCUAGACCAUCAAAUCAAAUCUCACAUGUCUUCAUAGAGAGACACACAGCAAAAGGAUACCCUCUCCCUCCCAAGCAGUUUUGUAUGGCAAAGCACAACAAACAAAAUCAAACCCAAACCUGGCAAGUAAAUGUAGUAAUCAGUUUGAAUUGAAUAGCAGAACCAAACCAAACACACUCACUCACUCACUCACUCUGUUUUGCUGCUAAAAAAACAGAGCCAAAAACAAUGCCUCCCCUGUUCCUCUUCCUGUUCCUCCUCCUCCUCCUCCUCCUGGUGGUGCUGCCAUCCACCAUCUCCACCCUCAACCAAGAAGGUAACUCCCUCUACAACUUCAAGCUCUCAGUAGAAGACCCUGACUCCUCCCUCUCCACCUGGACCAACAACACCACCCCCUGCAACUGGUUCGGCAUCACCUGCGACCCCACCAACACCACCGUCACCCACCUUGACCUCUCCAACGCCAACAUCCUCGGCCCAUUCCCCGCCUCCCUCCUCUGCCGCACCCUCCCCAAUCUCACCUCCCUCACACUCUUCAACAACUACAUCAACUCCACUCUCUCCCCUCACAUCUCCCUCUGCUCCUCCCUCACCCACCUCGACCUCUCCCAGAAUCUCCUCUCCGGCGAACUCCCCCACACUCUCCCCCUCCUCCCCAACCUCCGCCACCUCGACCUCACCGCCAACAACUUCUCCGGCCCCAUCCCAAACUCCUUCGGAAGCUUCCAGAAUCUCGAGGUCCUCUCCCUCGUCUACAACCUCCUCGACUCCACCAUCCCUUCUUCCCUCGCCAACAUCACCACCCUCAAAACACUCAACCUCUCUUACAACCCGUUUCUCCCCGGUCCAAUCCCCUCCGAGCUCGGAAAACUCACCAACCUCGAGAUCCUCUGGCUCAGCUCCUGCAACCUCGUCGGAAACAUCCCUGACUCCAUUGGGAAUCUCCACAAGCUCAGGGACUUGGACCUCGCGCUCAACAACCUGCACGGGUCGAUUCCGAGUUCGCUGACUCAGUUAACGAGUGUGGUUCAGGUUGAGUUGUAUAACAACUCGCUCUCCGGCGAGUUGCCUCAGGGAAUGUCGAACCUCAACGCGUUGAGGCUAUUCGACGUGUCCAUGAACCGUCUUGGAGGGUCCAUUCCCGACGAGCUUUGCCGCUUGCCGUUGGAGAGUCUCAACCUCUACGAGAAUCGAUUCUCCGGCGAGUUGCCGGCGAGCAUAGCCUUCUCGCCGAAUCUCUACGAGCUCAGGUUGUUUGAUAACCAGCUCUCCGGCGAGCUUCCGGGGGAUCUUGGGAAGAACGCGCCGUUGAGGUGGGUCGACGUUUCAAGCAACAACUUCUCCGGUCGGAUUCCGGUGACUCUGUGCGACCAUGGCGCGUUGGAAGAGCUUCUGAUGAUAGAGAACUCGUUCUCCGGGGAGAUUCCGGCGAGCCUGGGCGCGUGCCGGAGCUUGACGCGUGUAAGGUUUGGUUCCAACCGGUUGUCCGGUGAGGUUCCGGAGGGUUUGUGGGGCCUGCCCCAUGUGUAUUUGCUUGAAUUAAUCGGUAACUCGCUUUCCGGUUCGAUUGCCGGAACCAUUGCUGGGGCGAAGAAUCUGUCGCAGUUAAUGGUUUCCAGAAACAAUUUCUCAGGUCCGGUCCCGGCUGAGAUUGGAAGAUUGGAAAAUCUUCAGGAAUUUUCAGGUGAUGAUAACAAGUUCAAUGGUUCUUUGCCUGGGAGUAUAGUGAAUCUUAGGCAGCUGGGGACUCUUGAUCUUCAUAACAAUAACCUCUCUGGGGAGCUUCCUAAAGGGAUUCAAUUGUUGAAGAAGCUCAAUGAGUUGAAUUUGGCUAAUAAUGAGAUUGCUGGGAAAAUUCCUGAUGAAAUUGGGAGUAUGUCUGUGCUUAAUUUCCUUGAUCUUUCCAAUAAUCAAUUUUCCGGGAAUGUUCCUGUGGGGUUGCAGAAUUUGAAGCUCAAUCAGCUUAACUUGUCUUACAAUCAGCUUUCUGGUGGAAUUCCCCCUUUGCUGGCUAAGGAUAUGUACAAGGCUAGUUUCAUGGGUAACCCUGGUUUAUGUCGUGAUUUGAAAGGUUUGUGCAAUGGUAGAGGAGGGGAUAAGAGUGCGCGUGUUGUUUGGUUGCUUCGAACUAUUUUCAUAGUUGCCACUUUGGUGUUUGUCAUUGGUGUGGUUUGGUUCUACUUCAAGUACAGAAAUUUCAAGAAUGCUGGAAGCUCUGUUGAUAAAUCCAGGUGGACUUUGAUGUCAUUUCAUAAACUGGGUUUUAGUGAAGAUGAGAUCUUGAACUGCCUCGAUGAAGAUAAUGUCAUAGGGAGUGGAUCGUCGGGGAAAGUCUACAAGGUUGUACUUACGAGUGGCGAAGCUGUUGCCGUGAAGAAGAUAUGGGGAGGGCUCAGGAAGGAAUUGGAGAGUGGAGAAUACAUUGAGAAGAGUCUGUUUCAAGACAGUGCUUUUGAUGCUGAGGUCGAAACUCUAGGCAAAAUUAGGCACAAGAACAUUGUCAAGCUAUGGUGUUGCUGCACCACCAGGGACUGCAAGCUACUGGUUUAUGAGUACAUGCCAAAUGGAAGUCUUGGUGAUUUGCUGCAUAGCAGUAAAGGAGGGUUGUUGGAUUGGCCAACUAGGUAUAAGAUAGCUCUUGAUGCUGCAGAAGGCCUCUCUUAUCUGCAUCAUGACUGUGUUCCACCAAUUGUCCAUCGAGAUGUGAAAUCUAAUAACAUCUUGUUGGAUGGAGAUUUCGGUGCAAGGGUGGCAGAUUUUGGAGUAGCUAAGGUAGUUGAAUCCGCUGGGAAUCGAACUAAAUCCAUGUCGGUCAUAGCUGGGUCUUGUGGUUAUAUUGCACCAGAAUAUGCAUACACGCUUAGAGUGAAUGAGAAGAGCGAUACAUAUAGUUUUGGAGUUGUCCUACUUGAGUUAGUUACCGGAAAGCGGCCAAUAGAUCCUGAAUAUGGGGAAAAGGACUUGGUUAUGUGGGCAUGCAACACCUUGGAUCAGAAAGGCGUGGACCAUGUUCUUGACUCAAGGCUUGAUCCUUGUUUCAAAGAGGAAAUUUGCAGGGUCCUAAACAUUGGUCUCAUCUGCACCAGUCCUCUUCCGAUCAACCGGCCUGCAAUGAGAAGAGUGGUGAAGAUGUUACAGGAAGUGAGUACAGAGAACCAAACGAAACUUGCCAAGAAAGAUGGAAAAUUAUCCCCUUAUUACUAUGAUGAUGUGUCAGAUCAUGGAAGUGUUGCUUAACUCAAGUUCUUGUAAUGAUGGUUGGAUAAUUUGACUAUGAAAGAGGGGUGGGGGGUUCUAAAAUUUUCUUGUUUAAUUAGAACCAGCUUUCCCUCCAUGUUUUCCACUCAUGGUUUGCUUUACAAUAGUUGGCUAAAGGGAAGGGAUAUUUUUUUUUCCUUUCUAGGGUUGAAAAUAGGGUCAUUGAAGAGAUGAUGUUUUCCCCUGUAUAAAGUUGGUUGACAUCAAGGCGCUUGCCUGCUGAAUUUGAAAUGGUGUUUGCAUUCAUUCAGAAUUGAUUUUCACUGUCAAAGAGAUGUGACUCUUCUCUGGCAUGGUUCAGGUGAUUUCAAAGUUGUAAA